GUUUUUGCUACCGGCUGUCUGUCUCGUCUCAGGCUGCAGGCUGCAGGCUGCAGGCAUUUUUGGAUUGAUUUUUCUCUCGAUUCAGUCUGUCCAGUCCCAACCAGCGAGCGCAAAGCAGCGCAAAGCAGCGCAAGACAUCGCAUCGCAUUGUUAUCAGGUCACACUCUGGUCACCGUCCGAUGGUCCUCCCUUCCUGGUCCUAUUUCUUUUGUCGCCUCUGUCCCUGACACCGCCGUGUCGUGUCUGUCCUCUUGGUCACCAUCAACACGACGACCACCAAUACCAAUACCACCAUUGCAUUAAUCUCACCCUCGUUGCCCCCGGCCAACGCCCACACCCGCGAUCCGUCAUCCACGAUCCACACACGCUGCUUCCGGUGGCUCGCUCGCACGUAACCUAGAUAGCCUAGCCGUCGUCUAGCCGUCCGCCCAAUCUGUCCGUGCCCCCAUCUGGCCGCCUCGCUUCGUCUCUCGCCGCCCUGUUGUUGUUGUUGUCCUCGUCGUUUAUUAGUCUUGUGUCUUGUGUUGUCUCGUCUUGUCGUGCUGUGCCGGGCCCUACUGCGCCUCAUCCUGUCUCUGCCCUGCCCUGCCCUGCCCUGCCCUGCCCUGCCCUGGCCCUACCCUUCUGUCUGUGUCUCGUGCCUGUCAGCCAUUGAUUGCUUUUGCAUCAGCGACUGGAUCUGACAACAACGUCAGCCAGUGCAGGUGCGACUGCCCGUGUGUUGGCAAUUACGGGACCCGGGCCAAGGAAAGACGGGGAAGGAGGCUGAGGACCGGAGACAAGAUUGAAAGAGGAAGGGAAGGGACCCAGACCGCCGCCCUCCGCCCUUUCCUCCACAGCCUCGACUUUCAACACCCGAACACUCGCCAGCAGCUUCGUGCUCGCUCGCACACGCCAACCCCGGGCCACUGCUCUGCUUGCUCCCUUCGAUCCCACUCCCGACCCCCGACUCACGAGCAGGCAUGGCCUCUUCCUCCGCCCGCCGCAUCUUUCCAAUCUCCGACUGGGCGCCCGCCCACGAGGCUUUGUACUCCGAAACCGACAACGACUCGUCCAUCGACACCCUCCCUUUCCCGCUCAAACCACGCCAGUCCUCCUGCACGCCCGACCCCUCUGCCUCUGCCUCGUCCUCCUCCUCGUACUGCGCGCCCUUGCCUCGACGCAGCCAGACCACCAAACAGCGUCGAAGCAUGUCGUUGCCCUGGCGCCCAAAGUCAACCAUCAUCGCGCCCGACGCCCUCGAGGCCAAGUUCCGCGACUACUCCCUUGAGCGCUCCCACACGGCCGCGGCCUCCCAACUGGCCGCCGCCACGCCCUCUAGCUCGGCCUCCACAACAGGCCCCGCUACUGGCCCGGCCACCGGCUUCGUCGACGACGACACUACAUGCUCAGACCUCGCCGGUGCCGCCAGGGGAAAGGGCAAGGGCAGGAUCAGUGGCAUCUUCAGACGCGCCUCCGUCUCCAUCAGAGGUCUCGUCCACCGCCGAACAUCGAUCGCUACAGACACGUUUGAAGAGCCACGCGAACCGAACCGCCACCAGCGUCCGGGCCACUCCCCCUCCUACUCACAUCACCACAUCCAAACCACCCCAACCUCCCCCAGUACACAGCAGUCUCGGCCGACGACAAGCCACGGCAUCAAUGCGACGUGGCACCGCCUGCGACAGGCUACCAGUUUCCGACACUCCCGUAUCCUGUACGGCGACUUCGCAAUGAACCCCCACGAGGUCCCCUACCAACCACAAGAUGACAUCCCCUACUCGGUCCCAAGGCCCGGCCUCGGUGGUGAGCCGCCUGUCAUACCGCGGAAUGGCGGUUCCGGUGCGCGGGCCGCCGCCGCCGCCUGGCAGCACGACAUAUUUCCCACCGUGCAUCCGCAGGGGCGAGCCGACAUGCCCGUCCUGAAAAACAAAAGAUUGACCCUGGACUCGACCCAGACCGACCGCGAGAGUGGCAUCGGCAUCGCUGUCACCAGCUCCGACUCCGACGCCGGUGAUCCCCAGGACCUGGACCUGGUGCAGUCAGAAGGUGGUCAGGUCCUGUAUCCCUGCGCCCCAGAGAUCAGCAGAAUCGACUUCAUCGACAGGCUGCCGGCGGAAUUGGCGAUCCAGGUGCUCGCCCACCUCGAUGCAGCGGAUCUGGCGAGGUCGAGCCUGGUUUCUCGCUCGUGGCGCGACAUGGUCUCUUCUCAACACAUCUGGAGGGAGUCUUACUUGCGUGAGAAGACUGGCACAUAUGCGACGAGCAACCCCAUCCAGCCAGGCACAGGACUAGGCGUGCCCGCUGUCAAGCCCAGCAUCAACUGGAAAGAUGCUUACAGGGUCACCGAAGAGCUGGGCCAGAGGUGGAAGCGCGGUCAUGCCACGUCCAUCUACCUCAACGGGCACUCAGACAGCAUCUACUGUUUACAGUUCGACGAGCAAAAGAUUAUUACCGGCUCGCGCGACAAGACCAUCCGCAUAUGGGACAUGCAUACGCUGGCGUGCAAGUUGGUCAUUGGCCCGCCCGAGGUUGUGAAGGAUAACGCCUUGCUCUACGAUGAGGAUGGCAACCCAACCCACUCGGCAAGCCACGAGCCGCAUACGGGAGCCCAAGCCGACCAGAACCGCACGACCUCGGUGCCGACAACCGUCUCUUUCCAGACCCACCACAAGGCGUCCAUUCUUUGCCUCCAGUACGAUGACAAUAUCCUCGUCACGGGAAGCUCGGACGCCUCGUGCAUCGUGUACGAUGUCAAGGGUGGCUACCGUCCUGUGCGGCGCCUUCGUCACCACACCGCUGCCGUCCUUGAUUCCUGCUUCGACGACAAGCACAUCGUGACCUGCUCAAAGGACAUCAGCAUCUGCGUCUGGGACCGCGAGACAGGUCAGCUCCUGAAACAACUCAGAGGCCAUAGCGGGCCGGUCAAUGCGGUGCAGAUGCGCGGUAACACGGUUGUUUCCUGUAGUGGGGACUUCCGGGUCAAGCUGUGGAACAUUGACACCGGCAAGCAGAUCCGCGAGUUCCAGGGUCACACCAAGGGGUUGGCGUGCAGCCAGUUCAGCGAGGAUGGAAGGUACGUCGCCAGUGCUGGUAACGACAAGGUGAUUCGUAUCUGGGACGCCAACACGGGCGAAUGCCUCCGAGAAAUGAAGGCGCAUGAGAGCUUGGUGCGGUCCCUGCACAUAGACAGUGUCUCGGGACGGCUGAUCUCGGGCUCGUAUGACACCGACAUCAAGGUGUUCGACAUGGAGACGGGCCGCCAGUUACUGGACUUCCCUAGAUGGCAUGCCAGUUGGGUGUUGAGCGCCAAAUCCGACUACCGCAGGAUCGUGUCUACCGGACAAGAUCCCAAGAUCUUGGUCAUGGAUUUCGGUGCCGGCAUCGAGGGGAUCGACAUGCUCGAAAGCAAAUCUGCCAACAGGGUAGCAAUGGAGGAGGGCAAGGCGGUCGCUGCAGUCCAGGAGGAUUGCGGAUACAUCUAGGGAUGAAUCGGGGACGGAUCAAGGCCGAAACCGUCAUGGUGCUCGCAGGAUUCGGUCGGAAGUAUGCGCCAUCGGAGUUCGAAGCGGCCACACACGUGUCACCGACAGAAUAUCUCAAGUUCGAGCGCUCAUCACCAUCAGCCAGCCAGCCUCGAGCACAACAAUUGCGCUUCCCUCGGUCAAUCCAGUGAGAUCGAGUGGCGCAAGGCACUGCUGGGUUAGUCAUCCUCCAAGGUUGAUGUCGAAGCAGGCCAAAAGUCUUUCUUGGCGUGGGGAUUUUGAUUCGGGCCUGAAGCAUGGCAUCAUUAUUAUUCAUUAUUACCGUCCAUCAUGUUUUUGCUAGUCCAUUCGGCCGGCCGCAACUGGGAGUCGGCGGCCAUAAUAACUGGGAACCUGGGAAGAGAUUAUCUGCAUAGCGAGCGGCGGGCUACUUGCUUUCAAUAGUACGCUUGUGACAUCCUUUUUUUACGAGCAUAUAGAUCAGAAUUUAGACGAGUCUGGCUUCAACUAGGAGCCCUGUAUGUCUUCGUCGUCGUGGUUGACACCCUCCUGUGACCGUCAAGGGAUGCGAUUGGAGCUUGGCAUUUUCCACCUCCACGAACGGUCCAGAAUGGCAUGCCCUGCAUCUACACACCAGCUUUGUUCAUGGGCCUGACAUAUAUGUCACCCCAUUUUAUGGUUUUCACCCAGACGCUUAGCCCCAAUGAUGACGAUCGAGCCUCGGCCAAAAAAAAUGUUUCGAGGCAUUCUCCACGUGCUAAUUGACUCCAACCUCCUUCCCGCCGGGUUCCCAAGGGUUGCAUGCUUGCCCGGACAGGCUCGAAACAUGUCAUUGGUGGUAUAUUCGCCGAAGCAAGAGGAAACUACGGCCUAUUGUCAGGGAUUCCGAAAAAAA